CUGGGACAGUCCGAGAGGGGGGGGCGGAAGAUCUGUCCACCGGUCGAUUUAAACGGCGAAAACGGCGCGAAUACGGACUUGAAAUGCCCUACGUGCGGGAAAAAUUACAAGAGACGAGCCUGGUACAUUAAACACCUAAAAACACAUAAUGGUGUUGAAGCGCGACAAUCGUUGGUAAGUUCUUCAAUUAUCACUUCGGAUAGAGUUGACCCUCACGUAUCCCAUGGUGAACCAUUAACUGGAAACCACCAGGAGUCCAUUAACAUCCGGACACGUCUUAGCAUUCCUAACAUGAAACAAUCGACUUGGAAAGUUCACGAAGACAAUUUAGCGGUCCUGUUAGAGCAUCCGGGCUCGAAGCAGGAAUUGAACUCGCAGGUAGAAACUUUCCAAAAUACCGUUUAUGACUACUUCAACGAGCAAUAUCCACCACGUAAUCAUUACGCUCGCAAAAAUAAAGAAAAUUCGUUCAAGAUAAAAAUGAGGAAGAAAAAACGGGAAUUAAUAAAAAACCUACGUAUAGCCAAAGCUCUAGGCGACAACCACCUUAGUCAUCAGCUAGCUAGGGCGUUAAGGUCAAUCCUUAAAUUAAUUCAAGGAAUAUCGGCACAAACUGCAGAAUAUCGCGGUAAUUUUGACCGGGCCAAACAGGAAGUAGAUUUUGAUAAAAACCCUUUUGAGUAUUCGAAAACCAUUUUUAAGAAAGAACGCGGACAGCUUCUCUUGACCAACGAUCAAAUUUACGACCAUUUCAAGAGCACAUACGAAGUGCCUAAAAGUGUAAGGCUCUAUACGGAUCCAAACGAACAAAAACCGGAAAUUCCUCAUAUCGAUUUUCACGGCAUACCACCAACGUUAGACGAAAUAAGUAGUCACAUAAAGAGGAAAUCAUCUAAAUCUGCACCGGGCCCCGAUGGUAUCCCAUAUAUAGUCUUUAAAAAAUGUCCAUCGGUUCGUAAACACCUCAUAAAUAUAUACGGCAAAAUCUGGUCAAGGAAGCAAAUCCCGGAGUGUUUCGGGAAAGCAAUUUUUGUCCUCAUUCCCAAAAAAGAUCGAGUUACCGAUCCGAAGGAUACUAGACCGAUAGCCUUAACAAAUACAAUUUCUAAAAUCUUUUUCUCGGUCCUACAAACGAGAAUGACGCGAUUCAUGCUCAGCAACAAGUAUUUUAGGCCAAAUCACCAGAAAGGGUUUCUACCCGGGAUUUCUGGAUGCCUAGAACACAACACCUUGCUGUCGGAGAGUUUGAAAGAUGCUAGAAAAAGCGAGCGGCAAAUUACAGUUUGUUGGAUAGACUUAGAGAACGCGUUCGGGUCGAUACAACACGAGUUGAUGCUAUUCGCGCUUAGAUGGUACAACUUUCCACCCCUAGUUAGAGAUAUGAUCGCGUCGUAUUACUCAAAAUUAAGGUUUUCUAUAAUAACUAAAGAAGGCCCUUCAAAAAGUUUGAGUUAUAAUGUAGGACUGUUUCAAGGUUGUUGUCUAUCUCCAAUUACGUUUAAUAUCGUUAUUAACAUCUUAGUAGACAAAUUAAUCUGUAACGAGAAAAAAUGGGGUUAUCGGUUUAAGUUUAAUAAUAAAUACACGGAAUCCAUUUUAGCCUUCGCUGACGAUCUCGCAAUACUGACACGUCACCCCAAACACUGUCAAGUACUAUUGGAUGAAGUGGAUAAAUUCUGUGAGUGGACGGAUGGAUUGAGGACAAAACCAAGUAAAUGUCACUGUUUGUGUCUUGCUAGGCGGAAUACAAGAUACACCUCAUACGAUCCGGGACUAUCGAUAGGCGGUCAAUGCGUUUCUACGGUUACGGAAGAUGCACCAUUCAAGUUUCUCGGUCGUAAGAUUGAUAAUAUAGGUCGUACUCCAUCUUUAGAAGGAAUAGUAGAUAGCUUUUUAAAUGAUCUUAACAAGGUAGAUAGCCAGCAGAUCAGUAACGUAAAAAAAGCAUGGAUCUACGAUAAUUACUUAACUUCACGUUUGAAUUGGCCUUUCCUCGUCUAUGAUUUUAGUAAAACCCUUUUAUCUAAAUUAGAUGCAGGCGUCAUAAAGAUGUUGAAGUUGUGGCUCGGGCUCGCGCUAACGGCUGAUUCAUCGGCUUUAUUCAGGGAUCGUAAUAGUUUUGGGAUGAAUCUAAAAAGACCAUCGGAGCUCUACAAACACCUAAGAGUUUCCAAGAGACAUAUCCUGGGAAAAUCCCAUGAUGACGUCGUUACAUCACUCCCAAAAGACAAUGAUGCCCCAGAGCUAGAGUCACGACUUCAAUUCCAUAAACAAUUUAUGAUCGGAGCGCAAAAUAACAGAGUAGGGUUAGGAUCAAGUAGGAAAGUCCAAGAUACGGAUAUAUUGAAGUCUUUUAUUCGGCAAGACGAGAACGAUAAAUACAAGAUCCAUGCAAUGAGUUUAGAAAUGCAGAACGAGUGGUUAGACAUAGGAGAUUUUUGCAUUCCACUAGCACUAAAAUGGCGCACCCUAAUUCAUGACUGGUCGCCAGCCUUGCUAAAAUUUUAUCUCAAUGCGUUCCAGAUGACUCUCCCAGAUCAGAGUAAUUUAGUAAGAUGGGGUAAAGGUACCGAAAAAACUUGCUAUAUCUGCGGAAAGGCAGUUGGAACUGCCAAGCAUUUGCUGGUGGGAUGUAGGGUUCUCCUGGACAGCGGUCAAUACUCGCGUCGUCACGAUAGGGUUUUAGAGAUCAUACGUGAAGCGGUUAGUCUUUCGGUAGCCAGAGCGCAAAGGGAAAUAACCACAAACGAGCGAUCAAUAGGUUUUGUGAGAGAGGGCACCAGGGCUAUAAAAUCAAACGUCAAGCCUUACUCUAUCCUUAAAGCGGCUUCGGAUUGGACUAUCAUGAUGGAUACGUAUGAGAAACAAUACAAAAUCCCCGAGGAUAUUUGUGCGUCGGCCUCCAGACCAGACAUAUUUAUAUAUUCGCGUAUUUUAAAGCGCGUUGUGAUGAUAGAGCUUACGGUGCCUUGGGAAACCAACAUCCCCAAAGACCAUGCCAUCAAGGUCAAUAAGUAUUACGAGCUCACUAACGAACUAACUCGAAAUAGGUUCGUCGUUGAUUUGUACGCGGUAGAGGUAGGAGCGAGAGGUAUAACAGCUAAAUCUCUCUAUAACCUACUAAAAGACUUGGGCCUGUCCAGAACUAACAUUAAUUCAUUCUUAGAACGUACGUCGAAGGCAGCCCUAGUAAGUUCUUUUCAAAUUUGGUUAGGUAGGGAGAGGAACUUGGACAGUGGAGGUGAGCGUAUAACGCGCGUUAGCUGA